AUGCAGGAAGAAUUUGCGAUCAGCCUUUCCGCCACAAAAGGUUAUGUCUUGAGCAACAAUAAGCUGGAAACUUCAGCAGACCCAACCCCAACUAUGCCUCAUUGCACCUGCUCUGUUUUGAAGACAGAUGCGAUAGAAACCGGCUUACUCGUUGGUGCUGAUAUGCGUGAGACUAGCCACCAAAAUGACCAUAUCAUGUGUGAAUGUGGGAACGGCAUAUCAAAGACUAUUGAAGUAAACAAUCCCACUUUUGAAAGGGAUUCUCGGUCAUUCGAUUUGAGUAAACAGGACCAUCAUUUUGACACCGACUUCAUAAUAAACGGAUGUGAAAAUCAGGUGUCUUCUUUUGACAAUUCGAGGAAAGAUGUAAUGGGGGAAUCCAACUUAUGCCUAAACUCAGGUUCUUUUGUUGCUUCUUAUGAGGAUACACUCGCAUCGCCCCUCCCGAUCACAAUUCGGAAUGGAGUGGAGAAAACACUAAAUGUUGAUGUCAAGGAGGAGGGAUGGAAAUGUACAGGCUUAAUGGACAGAGAGGAGGAGAAGGAACUGCCGGUUUCGACUCUGAAAUCAGUGAAUGGUGGUCGGGCUUUAAACGCUUCUCUUAUCUGUAAAAAGUGGCGAACUAGAAGAUUCGCUCUUCAAACUAAUGAUAUAUCUGAUCUCGCCUACAAAUUGAAUGAAGAUAAGACAUCAUUAUCUAUUCAGCAUGAUGAGACCCAUUAUGAACAAUCUGUGGAAACAAUGAUAGAGAACAACCAGCCUCAGUACCAAGACUUCCGCGGGCUCCAGCAUCCUGAGUGCUGCCAACAGGUAUGGAAGGAGCGGUUUUAG